UUUAAUUUUAGCUUUUAUGUUAAAACCGUUUUAAAGAAUGGAUUUUAAAAAUGAAACAGUUGAAUUGGCAGCAGAAAUGCAAUUUAGAUCUGAGCAUGAAAGAUUACAUGCAAAACAUAAAGGACACGAGGCUAUGCAUUUAGAAAUGGUUAUUAUAAUGUUUGCUGUACUUGGUAUAUCACAAGUUUUACUAAUUAAAUGGAGACAAACUCAUUUUAGAUCUUACCAGGCUACAACAUUAUUUGGAAUGUGGUUAUUUCCAUUAAUUUUUAAUUUGCGCGUGGGUUGGUAUAGAAUGUUAAUAGUUUGGUUGUUUUUUACUCUAUCUACUCUUUUUAUAUUGAGAAUUGCAACACGCAAUCCACUAAAUCCUCAUGCGCCAAGAAUUGUGUAUAAAUGGUUUUUAAAUGUUCACCGUUUGACAUAUGCCGUUGGUAUUCUUGGUUAUGUUAUAAUUAUGUGCACAUUUUUUGGAGUUAACUUAUUACUUAUGUUGCCACCAGAUGUUGCAAUGAAUGCUGGAGUUACCAUUAUUUUUUAUGGGUUAUAUUUUGGAGUUUUAGGAAGAGAUUGUGCAGAAGUAUGUACAGAAAAAAUGGCAGCAAAAAUGGGAUACUUUAGUGAAAGUGGGUUACCCUCAAAACGUCUCUUACCAAAUAUAUGUUCAGUAUGUGGACUAGAAUUAACGUUAUCUAAUAUGGAAGAUGUGGAGGAAGAAAAUAAGGAAAAAACUUAUAAACUCUCUUGUGGUCAUUUGUAUCUUUUUACUAAAGAUUUCAUGAAUUUUGUAUUCGUGGUUGGUGCAUUGUUGGGAAGAAACAAACCUGUCCAUAUUGUAAAGAAAAAGUUGACCUUAAAAGAAUGUUUAAAAAUCCAUGGGAACGACCACAUCUAUUGUUCGGUCAACUUCUUGAUUGGAUUCGCUACUUUGUUGUAUGGCUUCCAAUUAUUGUAGUUAGUGUUCGCGGAAUCAAUUAUAUGCUUGGGCUCGAGUAGUUAUAAAUUUUUUUUAACCAAUGAAAUAAAACGAAUAUAUAGUUUGAUAUA